AUGAAGAUCUUUAGUUGGAUGCAAAGUAAGCUUAAUGGAGGACCAGGAAACAGAAAGUCCAAUGAAGUUUCUGCUACUACUCAUCAUCCAAAGCUAGAACCUCCAAGAGAAGAGUUCAGCGACUGGCCUCAUGAAUUGCUUGCAAUAGGAACUUUUGGUAACAGCACUAAUGAUGUAAAACAAAACCACCCAGAAAGCCAAAGUGAUAAUCAUCUUCAAGAUAACCACCACCCCUCUUCCUCUGAACAAGAUCUAUCAGAAUUCACACCCGAAGAAGUAGGAAAGCUCCAGGAAGAGUUGACAAAGCUCUUAUCUCGAAAACCAACUUUCAAAGUAGAAGCAGAAACAGAAACAGCUGAUGGCCUCCUCCCAUUGGAUAAGUUUCUUAAUAGCCCUUCAAGCUUGGAGGUUGAUCGUAGGCUCUCUGUAAACACGUCCUUCAGUACUGUCUCGGAUGAAGAAGAUAUUGAGCGAACUAUUAGAAUAAUACUUGGUAGAUGCAAAGAUGUUUGUGUUGACAACAAAAAGAAGGCUAUUGGGAAGAAAUCGAUUUCUUUCCUUCUCAAGAAAAUAUUUGUGUGCAGAGGUGGUUUUGCUCCUGCUCCAAGUUUGAGGGAUACACUUCAAGAGUCAAGAAUGGAGAAGCUUUUAAGAACAUUCCUCUCCAAAAAUAUGUUCCCUGAAAAUUGUUCUCGAGCAUCAUCCACAAAGAAAUACCUCGAUUACAGUUGGGGGCGAAGGACUGAUGGAGAAGAUGAAACGCGGGAGAAAACAAAUGAUGGAUGUAAAUGGGUUAAGACUGAUUCUGAAUUUCAACAACAACCCUUUUUGAGCUACAUUGCAAGAAGACAGAGGUCUGGAAUUCGUAGUGUUCAGAUUGAUUGGGGCCGAGGUUGAAGCUUCUAAUUACGUGCAGAUAUCAAAAAAUCCAUAUUGUCAGGGGGCUGAUGAAGUGAACAUUUAUUGUACAGUUAAUGGGAAGCAGCUUUGUGCCUAUGUGAUCAAUAUUGUUCAGGUAUUUCUGUAGUAUGUACCAG